AUGGAUUUAUUAGGUGAUAUAUUAUCAUCUAUGGAUAAAAACAAACGUCCUGGACUCAGCAAGCCAGAUAAGAUGAUUCAAAAACACAAUGAAGAGAUUCGUAAAACAGCUGAAAAGGAACGAAUGAUGAUUAAUAAUUACAAAUUAAAGAUCCAGAAUAAAGUUGCAGACUUUUUAAAGAAUGACAAAGUAUCAACCAUGCAGUUCCCAAAUAUGGACAAAAUUUUCAGAUCUGUAAUAUUGGAGGCAUGUGAGGAAGCAGCGAAUGGCCUUAUAUGUCAUACAUUUGGUCGAGAAGAGCGGUAUGUCAUUGUUUACAAAAACCCACCUAAUGAUUUGGAAUUAGAAGCAAGAAGAUAUUUCGAUUAUAAUCAAUGGAACAAAGAGAUUGAAGCUGAGUUUAAGAAAAAGAAGGAAGAACAAGUUCUUUUAGCCACCGAAUGCUCAACAUCAUCACAAGAAGUACAAGAGACAUCGAAAGGAAAUAACAAAAAGACAAAGUUAAUUCAUUUAGAAUGUGAAGCAAUAAGUUCAAAUCCAAAUCGAAAUUUUGGAAUGGUAUCAAGCGAUUUAAAGAAGGACAAGAGAACUGUCGAGGAAACUUUAAAUGAUCUCCAGCAGAAGAAACGAUUAAAGACCCAGCAAACGAAUCCAAAUUAG